CCUAAAUUAAUUGAACCAGCACGUGAAGUUGGGGUAAAAAAGGGGGGGGGGGAUGGGGGGAGGAGUUGUCCGACACUAUGCCAUGUCUAAACCUAGCAACGAGCGCAAGGCUGCAGACCGAAGCGACGUCAUGAUUUAUUGAAAAACUUUUACCCCAAGUUGUCCAACUCACCAAAACAAUAAAACACAGCCACGUUAUAGUCAAGCCCAUUCUCUCUCCGUCAGUCAACCUUAGGCAUUAAGAGCCGGCUGUGCUAGCAAAUCGACCAUAUUCAUCGGCCAACUCAACUAGGUAUCGAUAGCAGGAAAUAGAGGUGGUCAGUUACCAGGCCGGCCAUGUCGAACAAGAGCCGUAGGGAUUACGAGGCGGAAGUGCGGUCCUGGGGCUUCUCUCACGUCUUCACUUGGACUGACGGCCCCAAUGCCUAUUACAGACCGCACUCUCAUUCCGGCCUGACAACGCAUCUGAUCCUGGAUGGCCAGCUCACCAUCGCCUACCCAAAGGACGCUAAUCCGGAGAAGAAGACAUACACGGUCGGCGACCGCAUUGAUGUCGAUGCCGGUCGAGUUCACGAGGUCUGGAUAGGCAACGAUGGAUGUACAUACGUCAUUGGCGAAUAACCUUCGUCUAGCGAAUAGUAGCAAUGUCGAAUAAAAGGUGGUAAGAUAUUACAGAUAGUAGAGACAAAUAGUUCUUUCCAAGGGACAAGAUCAAUUAUGGGCAUUAAGCUUAAUUCUCGGCGUAUGCUAGUCUCGGCUGUGGGAAACAAAACUCUUCGGCACCCGAUAUGUCUGGGCCACCGUGGCGGUGGUUCCAAACGCCAUCUGUACGAUGUCCCUUUUGACAUGAGCAGAUGAGUGAAUCAGCCAUUCGAUCAGCCUAUAGGUAUGAGCCUACGGGGAAGAAACGUGGUGACAGUGCGCCUAGCUCUAUAUACAAAUAUUAGAGAAGUGCCCGGAUUUAUAACAUUCUCCUAAUCGUCUAAUGAUGGGGGGAAAGACUGCGAUUCUAGAAUACCGACAUGGAUCAGUGGCUUGCUGGAGCUUUGUCAUAAUAAGCGCGGUAGAAAUUAUAUUAUCGACCUCAGCCUAAGUGAGAAUAAAAGUUUUCGUAGUCUUACAUGUUAACAUCAUGUGAGGCAUGCGCAAAUUAAGAGACAAUCGCAAUAUUUAACCCAGGCCGCUCGUAAAACCCGGUUCAGUUUGGGGCUCCUAUCCUCGGAAACCUAUGGAAAUCGGCU